GUUGUGGUCUCAGCUCUCGCGCUCCUCCGUAUGAGCUAUACCUUUCUCUAAACACAGCACUUUAUUAUUGCACAAGUCAACAUGUCCGAAGUGGAGGACGCGGCACCGCGAAGAUCGCAAAGGGAAAAGAAACUAGCCAGCCAUUUCGUAUCAGUGAACAGUGCUCUUCUUGCGAAGCGAAAACGCUCAGAUGAGACAACAGAUGACGACGAUGUCCGAAGCCAGAUGUCCGAACACGAUGGAUUUGGCUCUGUGGACGGUGACGCCGAUGAGGAGGACGGGGACGAAGAACAAGAUGAACCCAUGCCCAAACGGAAGAAUAAGGGCAAGAGGAAGGCCCCCGCAAAGGGUCCUCCACCUCUCAAGAAGCCCCGUACGGCAAAAGCCCCUGCAACCAAGAAGGCGUCUGCGGUGGCGAAACCAAAGAAGACUACGGGUGCACCGAGGGGACGUAAGAAAGCUGCUGUUGCAAACGGCAUAGAGUUUGAUGCAGAGCAAGUCGCAAAGGACACGAAAAUUUCGACAGAUAACGCGUUAUUCAACACCAUUAUGAACCCUUCUGCGGCAUUGCAAUCGACAGCAGAAGACUUCCUUGAGUCUCUGGAUGCGACACCAGGGCCCACCCAGGCUCAGUUGAUUAACUGUAUAUUGCGCUCAUGCGGCUGCAAUGAUACUGUUAACGAAGACGAAGUAGUCGAUUAUGAUGGCAUCAUCGAUGCUCUCGACAACUUCACAGAGGCCCUCAAACAAGAAGAUUCGCCAAUAUACCCGCUAACCUCGAAGUUGCCGGCAUUCAAGAAGUUCCGCAAGUCCCUCUCAGAGUUUCUUUCGCGCCUUAUUAGCUCUGCGGCUGCUAUGGGUCAGUUGUGCAACUCUGAUCUCCUCCUCACUCUUCAGGCAUGGGUUGUCGCAAUGUCUUCGUCGCAACUGCGUGCAUUCCGACACACGGCGACUGUAAUAGCACUGGAAGUUGAAACUGCGCUAUGUGAAGUUGCGGCAGACGUUGAAAAGGAAGCUGAAGUCGUCAGCAGACAAAGAGAGGGUGAGCGGAAACGAAAGAAGGGUAAAGGUGAUGCGUCUACCGCUCGAGAUAAGGACCUCGAGAAGAAAGCAGAGGAGGUUAGAGGAAGACGAAAGAAGCUGAGCGAGUUUCUCAAAGAGUUUGUCGAUGGAGUCUUUGUACAUCGAUAUCGUGACCUCGACCCAAACAUUCGUGCCGAAUGUGUCCGUGCCAUGGGUCUUUGGUUUGCCAAAUAUCCCUCCCAUUUCCUAGAUGGCGCAUAUCUCCGCUAUGUAGGCUGGGUCCUUUCAGAUUCUAACACUCAUGUCAGGCUAGAGGCCGUUAAAGCUCUCUCACUCGCUUACGCGCAGACGGAAUACAUUGGAAUCGCUGCCUUACAACACUUCACGGAACGUUUCAAGCCUCGGUUAGUCGAGAUGGCGAUGGGCGAUACCGAAUUAAGCGUUCGAGUGGCCGUCGUGCAAGUUCUCCAAGCUAUCAAUACGCACGGACUCCUGGAGGACGAGCAGACAGAGAAGCUGUGUCUCUUGGUAUUUGACGAGGAGGCAAAGAUGCGUAAGGCCGUUAGCGGGUUCGUAAAGGGUGUGUGGGAAGAGGGAGUCGAAGAAAGGUUGGUAGGGAAACGACCAUCUGAGAAGGACAAACAGAAAGCUGCUGUCAAGGUACUUGCUAUGCUACUCGUCCAAUGGGGAAAGGCUCUCGAUUCCAGCUCGGGAGACGAUGAAGAAAGUGAAGAUGACCGUUCGGAGGAUGAAUCGAAUGGUCCAUCAAGAAAGGCGAAAGGCAAGGCCGUUGCAGCUCUUGUUGGUUCCAAAUCCACUAGUCGCACAGGGCUCGCGGUGGAGGCACUCUGGGAUGAAGUUGAGCCAGUCUCUGAUUGGGAAACAUUACUUGAGAUUCUGCUCCUUGACCAUUCCGCGUCUGGAGAUGAAUCUUCUACGUCUUCUCGUGGAAGUCGAGCACAGGGGAAGAAAAAAUCUGCCGAUACUACUAUUGAUGAGGCAUGGAGACUUGAGGAAGUCGAAGAAGGGGUUCUCCUUGAGGUCCUGAUUGCUGCGUUGCGGAGAACCAAGCUCGAGGCCACUGGGACGAAGAAGGGCGAAGAAGAUAGUGUUUCUUCAGACAUCACCAGAGCCCUCAUCAAGGCAUUACCGAGGUUGUUCAUGAAGUACCAAACGGAUGAAUCAAGAAUGGCCAACGUCUUGCUAAUACCUCAACUAAUGAACCUCGAUGAAUAUUUGGAGAUGCGAAUGAUGACUGUAUACUCCAGCCUUUGGGACGAUAUCACAAAGCAAUUCUUAUCUCACUCUUCACCAACCGUUUUGGCUAAUGCGGUGGCUACCGUUCGAUAUAUGUUGGAAACAACUAGCCUGUCAAACACGAACAGCACCAAGAUCCUUGAGCUGGAAGAUGAACUGUCAAACUCUUUACGAGAGGCAAUAUCAGGCCGUGAAGAGCUCGAAGUCGCCUCCUUCAGCGAAGAUGAAGUGCUUGCGUUGAACGCUAUCUGUUCUCGAAUUGCAACUCUAGCAGGCACUAGAGAUAUGAUCGCUUGGAUGGAGGAAGACGAAGGCGGUAAACAAAGUAGCGCUUGGGAUAUCAUCAGCGCGCUCGCAGAAAGAGGGCGACUUGGCUACAAGGAAGAAGAAGCGAUGAUCGACCAUGCCUUACAAGUGCUGUACCUGCAUAUCUUGUGGAAGACACGCGCCUUGACAGCUUCUGCCGAACCAUCUCCGGAGGAGGUAAACUUCAGGGAGAAGCUGAAAGAGCAGCGAGACUCGUUACUAGAGAAACUACUUGAAUUUGCUGUCGGUACUCAAUCCAACACAGCCGAAGGUGUCAGACGAGCGGCUUUCCAAAAUCUCAUGCACAUACAUAUUCUUUACUGCCCCACACAGUCAAUUGAUCCAGAUGGCAAAGCUCUUCCAACGGCCGCCCUUGCCCUGUCGCUGGAGGAUGAAGUUCAAUACCGUUGUGCAGGCUUUGUCCAAGCCGAAAUCGAAAAAUAUGCGGAAGAGUUGGAAGAAGACUCUCCGCAAGGUGAGGAUGACACUGGCCACGAAGAUAGCGGCGAAGAUGGUUCUGGUGACGAAGAAACCGCCAAAACCAAAAAGAGCAAAAAGAGCAAGGGCAAGCGGCCUGAGAAGGCUGUCGUAUCUGGUGACAAGGCGUCUGCUUCACGGCUAGAGAAAGAGUAUAUUUUCAUUGGUGUCAUUGCGACUUUCUUGCGUGCAAUCAAAGCAGGGGCAAUACAUUUCCGGCAUUCUGCUACGUUAUUGGCACACUACGGACGGUUAGGACCUGUGUUUGACAUGUGUUCCAAGGCUAUUGUGGAGAUCUUGCGUGAAGAGGGAAUGUACAAGGACAAUGGAGAAGCCGUGGUCGCCGUAAUACUGCAAGCCCUUCAGGAUUCAUUCUCACUUUACCUUGACGGUAUCGCCCAUUCGGAGGAGCAUACGGUCGCGCUCGCCAAGGUGCUUUCGUCGUGUUUCAUCAUCCGCGGAGCCCAGCUUUCAGUUGUCCGGCGGCUUGAUCCAAAGUUUGUCGUUGAGGUCCACACCAGCGCUCUCACUUGGAUUGGCAAACGUUUGGCGACUUACGAGGCCGCCAAGAAUAAGAAAGGCCGCAACAAGUCUUUGGCAUUUUUCAAAGCUCUGACGCCACUCUGCACUGCAAUUGAGAGCAGAGACUUCCUGAAAAUAAAAGCGCAUCUCGACCAGACCAUCGCACAGGCCAAGGUUGAAGUCCUACCGACCGCUAAGGCUUGGGAUGGCUAUCGUGCCUAUGACAAACGGCUCACCACAGGCAAGGACAAAGCUGCAGGAGGAAAGCCCAAGAAGGCGUCGAAGAAGACUGCAAAGAGCGCGGAACUGGUCACAACUGAAGAUGAAGGCGCUGAUGAUGCUCAUGCUACGACAGGCGACGAGGAUCCUAUCCCUUCCAAACCGCGUCCUAAACCUCGUCGACCCAGGCGUUCUACUAGGGCAGCUCAGUCAGGAACAGAAGGAGAGCAGGAAGAUGAGGAGCACAAUGAUCCACGCUCUGAACCUGAAUUUACCACUCCAAGACAGAAAUCGCGUCAACAAGCGGCAUCCCCGUCAACGAACCAUUCACCCGCCGAGCCGCCACUAGCAACCCCGCAGAAUUCCCAGCCCUCCGUUUCUAGUCCAUUCUUAUUUGCAACUCCUGGCACUGGCAAACGGAAACGGGCUGGUACACCUGAGGACGAUGCAGGUAGUGAGCCCGAGCCUGAUGGUCAAUCUCAAGCAGCGGAUGAAGAUGAUGUUCCGUCCGCCCCAGCCACUCCACGGGCUUCGCAAGACAUUCCAACGGAAGAAAUUCAGAUUCGGAGGAAACGUGUCCGUCAUUGAUACCCACGCACCUGUAAACUUUGCACUUCAUCUCUAUCUUUAUUGCUCUUCCAUCUAUCUGCUUUCAUUUGCUAUCUGCUUCUUGUUCCAUGCAAUAUUGUAGAGUACUCAUAUAUAUUCAAGUCGGGUGUAACAACAUCGAUACUAUGACACGAUGUCUGGGAUAUAAUGCAACUAACGAAUGUGCUAAAUGUACGAGUAACAAUGUGAUAGAGAAUGCGAAAUAGUGAGUGUAUAAGGAUCCAUGUCAUGGAGAUAAAUAAAAUAAGUGAAUU